GUGCCCCAUGACUACAUGCUGUCACUUUACAAGAGUCUGUCGGAGCCCGAGAGGAGAGGGAGGAACAGCAGCGUUCUCCGGGCCCGCAGCCGUGCCAACACUGUCACCAGCUUCGUGGAGCAAGGCAGCGACGGAAUCUCCGUGGGUAAGAGGCAGAGGUAUCUGUUUGAUAUCUCCAAGCUGCAGGACAGCGAUGAGCUGGUGGGAGCUGAGCUGAGGAUUUUCCGGAAAUUGCCGGCCGACCUGCAGGAGGCGCUCUCCCGGGGAGGGAGCGUCUAUCGGAUGUUGCUGUAUCCCUGUGUGGAGCCGGGCAAUCGGAGCCCGGGGAGGGUGGAUUCGCGGACAGUUGACAUCCUGCACACCCAUUCAUCCGAGUGGCAAGUGUUCGACGUGUGGGCAUUACUGAAAAGCCACAUCAGUGCAAGCGUGCUGUGUUUCGAUGUGGAACUGAUUUCCGAAUACUCCCAGGAGGUUUUAGACCCCAGACUGCUGGGAUUUAAUCGCUCUGAUCUGCAGCCCCAGGAGAAAGCGCUUCUUGUAGCGUUCAGCAACACCAAGAGAAGGGAAACUCUCUUCCGGGAGAUCAGAGAUAAGAUCAAGUCACUGGGUGGAUCGUUCUCGCUGCAAGCCAGUAAUGAACCCAGUGUCAAGCGCCGGAGGAAAAGAAGAACUGCUUUUACAAGCAGACCCAGCAGAGGUAGUGGGAAAAAAGUCAAAUCGAGAUGCAGCCGGAAACCGCUUCAUGUUAAUUUCAAGGAGCUGGGCUGGGAUGAUUGGAUCAUCGCGCCUUUGGAUUACGAGGCGUACCAUUGCGAAGGGAUCUGUGAUUUCCCACUCAGAUCCCACCUGGAGCCCACUAACCACGCCAUCAUACAAACGCUGAUGAACUCCAUGGAGCCGGACUCCACGCCACCGAGUUGCUGUGUUCCAUCCAAACUCAGCGCCAUCAGUAUUCUCUACAUUGACUCGGGCAACAAUGUGGUCUAUAAACAGUACGAGGACAUGGCGGUGGAAGCGUGUGGCUGCAGGUAG